CACCAUACACACGCAGAUUCACUUCCAGAAUGACAACCAGAGCCAUUGUUAAAUAUGUCAUGUCAGGCGACACCGUCGUCGUCCGCGCAAAAGAGGCACCUGAAAAGGGCAAAGUCCCUAAGGAGCGUAUCCUCCACAUAGCUGGUAUUCAGGCCCCUAGACUUGGGUCCAUGACCCGUGAAGAUGAGCCCCAUGCCUUUUCAGCCAGAGAGUACCUCUGUUCUCUUCUUCUAGGAAAAGAAGUGGCUUUCACAAUCACUCAUACCAUCGAAUCCUCCACAGGACCAAACCGCGAGUUUGUGUCUCUCUGUAUUGCUCCCGCUGGACCAGGAUCGCCUCCACAGGAUGUUGCUUCCUUGAUCCUGGCCCAGGGAUGGGCUAAAAUGAGAGAUGGUGUCGGGGAAGGUGAUGAGGCUGUUCGCCGACUUGGUGCCGAAGAAGCUAAGAAACGAGAAAACCUCCGAGUCAUUGAGGCGCAAGCCAAGUCAGAAGGCAAAGGAAUCUGGGACGAACAGCCCGAAAACCAGCGCACUGUAGCGUUUCAAAUGCCUACUGACCCUCAAGCUUUCAUUGCUGACCACAAGGAUGAAGAGAUUGAUGCCAUCGUCGAGCAGGUCCGCGACGGUACUCAACUCCGUGUCCGACUUCUCCUCGACGAGCACAACCAUCAGUUCAUCAACCUUGUCCUCGCUGGCGCCAAAUCUCCACGAUCCGGGAACCCUCGUGAUGGCGAAGCCUCCAACGCCGAGCCAUGGGGAGACGAAGCCAAGUACUUUACCGAAGUCCGUAUGCUUCAACGACACAUCAAGGUCCGACUCCUUUCUGCCCCCGCGUCGCUUGGCGCCUCCCCACUUCAACAAACCCAGCCCAGUAAAGGUUCAGGCGCCGGAUUACCCGGCUCCAACGGUCUCCCUGCUCCUUCAACUGGUUCCACUGUGAUCAUCGGUACCGCUAUCCACCCCAAGGGUAACAUUGCCGAGUUUCUCCUUGCUGCUGGUCUUGCCAAGGUGGUUGACUGGCAUGUUGGACUCCUCGCUCCAUAUGGCGGUCUUGACAAGCUUCGUGCUGCCGAGAAGGCCGCCAAGGAUAAAAAACAAGGUAUCUGGGAAAAUUAUCAGCCUCAACGAGCUACUGCCACCAAUAGCGCAGCCUCUGCAGCCCCCACUGCUGUCGCGACUACCAAAGGUACUGACUUUGAGGCCACGGUCGUUAGGAUUUGGGGUUCAGAUCAAGUGAGUGUUGUUGAAAAGGGCGAAGGAGGAAAGGAAAGAAGAGUUCAACUGUCCUCUGUCAGAGGUCCCAAGGGCGUGGAUGCCAAGCAGACCUACUGGGCCAAUGAAGCCAAGGAAUUCUUGCGAAAGCGAUUGAUCGGAAAACAAGUCAACGUUCACGUCGACUACGUCAAGCCCAAAGAGGGAGAUUUUGAGGAACGCGAAUGCGUAACCAUCCGUUAUGGCAACCAGAACAACAACGUUGCUGAACAACUGAUCGAGAAAGGCCUUGCAACUGUUAUUCGACACAGACGUGAUGAUGAGGAUCGUUCUCUCGAACUCGACAAGCUCAUCGUGGCCGAACAAACAGCUCAAACCGAAGGCCGCGGUGUUCACUCUGCCAAAGAUGUUUCUAUGCCUCGUAUCGUCGACGCGUCUGAAAGGGCCAGCAUGGCGUCUAGCUACCUGCCGCAAUGGAAGAGGCAAGGAAAGCAUAAUGCUGUUGUCGAGUUCGUUAGCGCUGGAUCUAGAUUCAAGCUCUACAUGCCCAAGGAGCACACCAAGGUCACUUUUGUCCUCGCUGGUAUCCGUGCUCCUCGAACAGCUAGAAACGCUUCUGAGAAGCCUGAACCUUUUGGAGCCGAGUCACUCAAGUUUGCUUCUAGAUACUUGCAACGUGAUGUUGAGAUUGCGUUUGACUCCACCGACCGAUCGGGAGGUUUCAUCGGUACGAUGUAUGCUUCUGGAGGUGUAAAUGUCGCCGUGGAGCUCGCGCGGGAAGGUCUCGCUUUUGUUCACGAGCGAUCUGCUGAGCUUUUGCCCUUCGGAAAGGAGUUGCUGGCUGCUGAGGAGCAAGCGAAGAAAGAAAAGAAGAAUAUCUGGUCUUUAGUACAGGAAGAGGAGACUUCUACCGCAGCCGCUGUCGACGAAUCUUCUGCUCUUCCGGUGGAUUACAAGGAUGUCUACAUCUCUUCUGUGAAGGAAUCCGAACCAUUCACUUUCUCAGUGCAGAUUCUUGAGAAGGACAGUGUUGCCGCCCUGGAAAAGCUCAUGUCUGACUUUUCUCUCCACCACCGUCAAGCCUCAGCAGCUGCCACCUCCUCUUUCACUCCCAAAACUGGCGAUCUUGUCUCGGCCAAAUUUAGCAAGGACGAUCGGUGGUACCGAGCGCGAGUCAAGAGAGCCAGCGCGAUCAAGAAGGAGGCACAGGUGUACUUGAUCGAUUACGGAGAUGAAGACACUGUGCCCUUCUCCAAGAUAAGGCCUUUAGACGAAAAGUUCAAGAGUCUUCCGGGUCAGGCCAAGGAAGCUCGUCUUAGUUUCGUCAAACUUGUACCUCGCUCAAGCGAGUAUGGGCCCGAAGCUUACCGGCGGUUCGAAUACCUUACCGAAGGUCUCAAGCUCAUUGCAAACAUCGACCAGCGCGAGGGUAAUCUGUUGCACCUUAGGCUCAUCGACCCCGCCGACCCCAAUAUCAAGGAGGACCCCUUGGCAUGCUUGAAUGCUGACCUGGUGAGAGAAGGUCUGGCCACUAUUGACAAGUCUUGCAAGUACUUGAAUUCCUAUCCUCAAAUCGUCAGGAAGCUUCAGGAUGCGGGAGAGGGAGCCAAAGCAGACAGGCUCGGUAUCUUUGAAUUCGGCGAUGUUAGCGAAGAUUAAUCAACCGACAUCGCUAUCUUUUUCUCAUCUUCCAAACACUCCUUUUUCAAAACAAACAACAAGAAAUCUGCUAUUUUGACAGCCACUUAAGCUCACUCUACAUUGCUUGCAUCUCUUUCACAUUAGCAUUGACUAGCAUUAUGCAUUGAACGGGUUGAGUGAAUUGCACGGCAGCAAGUCUCGCAUAAUCGCAAAUGGUCUUUGUCUUGUCACCACUGUUGAGGAUAUUUGUACUUGGGGGAGGACGGGUCUUCGUUGUUAAGAGGACGAUUUCUUUUUUUUCUUCGGAGGUAUCUCUUCCGCUUGCGACUGUUGAUGACGUGUUAGAGGGACAUUGGACGAAGACGAGGCGGAAGGCCCUUCAAAUGGAUGACUAGUGGUCAACGGUGGCGUUCGUUUCUUUUCCAGUGGUCCACCUAUACACUGAUAUAAUUCCCUUGGGUCUCCUGUUCCAGCCUCCUUUUCCAGAAGUUCCCUUACCCUUUCCCUUCUUCUUCUGACCUGCCCGGUUUUCUUCUUCCGCUCGUGCGGAUGGUUGCUCUACAUUCUUUCUGGGGCGUCCCCUCUUCCUUUUCACGGCAGUUUCCUUUGGAGCCUCCUGCCUUGCCUUUCCUUUACCCUUUGCCUUGGAACUCGGAUCUAUAUACUCGCUUGACUCGCUUUCGUUACCUCCUCCUUCUCCCUCCUUUUCCUCCUCCUCCACCACCUCGUCGGCCUCACCUACCUCGAUCACAUCUUCCAGAACAUCCGUGUCUAUGCCGCUCUUGGGAGGAAGUGCAAGGCCCUGGAAACCCGUCGAUGGGCCAGCGUGCACGGUAUCCGCGCGAAAUGACCAUGGUUCGCUGGGAUGGAGAAGCGGCCCUUGCGAGUCCCGCCGUUCAAGAAGGAAAGGAUCAAUAGAUAAGCUGGAUUGUGUACCUGGUUGACCAAAUCUGCUAUGGCCACCAAAAGUGGUAGAUUCGUCGAUGUUGCUGUCCAGCAGCUGAGCAGGCCGCUCGUCUGAGAAAACGGACUCAGUUGAAGGGGUAACUGUCUGAUUGACACCGGCAUGUGCAGAAAGGAAGAUCUCUCCAGGGUUGACGAAAGCCUGGCUAGGGCUAGGUAGCGGAGGAUAGCCUAGGAUGGGAGUUGGUCGGAUGGGUAUAUAUGAAGGUUGAGGACCAUGCAAUGACCCUUCCUGUUGGCUGGGCACUGUCGGUGGUCGAACCUGUGUGCCUUGGUUUCGAUUGUCAUCGGUGACUGGUAUUUGGUAAUAAAAGUUGUAUUGAGACGUUGGGUCACUCAUGAUGAGAUUGUUAUGGGAGAUGCAAGGGCUGAUAGAUUCAAAAUAUGUAAGAGCUGAAAACCAUUGUUUUAGUCUAUUUGGGUUUAUCACUUUGAACUUCG